CGGCCCCCGCCUCGCUCCGCCCCGGGAAACCGCGCGCGGCCCGCGCCUGCCACAGAGACGCCAGCCGGCGGCGGCGCUAGCACCUCGGCCGGCGGCAGCGGCGAGCGGCCAGCGCGGCCGGGACCCGACUGGGGGUGGGGAGCCGAUCCCCGGCCGAGCGCGGCCACCCCCGGGCCUCCGCCCUCGCGCCCCAGGGCCAGGUGCAAAAAAAGCUUUAAACAAGUAAAAUCUAGGCAGCAGGCUUUCUGAAGUGUUGACAGCCCAACGUAAUCAUGAACAUGAUUCAAAAAUGUUAAUAAAUAAAUCAAGACCAUGGGGAAUUCAUAUGCAGGGCAACUGAAAUCUGCUCGGUUUGAGGAAGCUCUCCACAACUCCAUAGAAGCCUCUCUCAGAUGUAGUAGUGUGGUACCACGGCCAAUUUUUUCACAGCUGUACCUGGAUCCUGACCAGCAUCCUUUCUCAUCUACAGAUGUAAAACCCAAGGUGGAAGACCUGGACAAAGAUUUGGUACACCGCUACACUCAAAAUGGAAGCCUGGAUUUUUCUAAUAACCUGACAGCUAAUGAAAUGGAAGAUGAUGAAGAUGAUGAAGAAAUGUCUGAUUCAAAUAGCCCACCAAUUCCCUAUUCACAAAAACCUGCCCCAGAAGGGUCUUGCACUACAGAUGGUUUUUGUCAAGCAGGAAAGGAUUUGCGUUUGGUAUCACUAUGUAUGGAACAAAUUGACAUCCCAGCAGGAUUCCUUCUGGUUGGGGCCAAGUCUCCCAAUCUUCCUGAACAUAUCCUAGUAUGUGCUGUAGACAAACGCUUUCUACCAGAUGAUCAUGGGAAAAAUGCACUUUUAGGGUUUUCUGGAAACUGUAUUGGCUGUGGAGAAAGAGGAUUUCGGUAUUUCACGGAAUUUUCCAACCACAUUAACUUGAAGCUCACCACUCAGCCAAAGAAGCAGAAGCACUUAAAGUACUACCUAGUCAGAAGCUCCCAGGGUGUACUGUCAAAGGGACCUCUUAUCUGCUGGAAAGAAUGUAGAAGCCGACAAUCCUCUGCUACUUGCCACUCUAUAAAACCAAACUCUUCAGUGUCAUCAACUGUAACCCCAGAAAAUGGCACAACUAAUGGAUACAAAUCAGGAUUCCUUUCCACAGAUUCCCCAAUUCUCAAUCCAGCUAAUUCUGCAAUCAAUUUAAGUGGCGCUCAGGACCUGACCCGGAACAAGAAUGUUGUGAAGCCACUGGCUUUAUCUUUGCAGGUUGUGGGGAAGACUUUUGCUGCAGAUGCUGCUAAUGGGAACAGUAGCCAUGGCGGGAAGAACGGUGCAUCCAGCUCCACUCCAGCCCGUCCAGGCAAUUACUCCUUGUCACCAAGACCUAACUAUGCACCCGGAGACCAAGCUACCAUGUUCAUAUCGGGGCCACCAAAGAAACGACACCGAGGAUGGUAUCCUGGGUCACCCGUCCCUCAACCUGGUCUAGUUGUACCUGUUCCUGCAGUUCGCCCUCUUUCAAGAACUGAGUCUCUUUUAUCUGCUCCAGUUUCACAGACUCCAUUAACUGGAAUUUUACAACCUCGACCUAUUCCUGCAGGGGAAACUGUGAUUGUUCCUGAAAAUUUGCUGAGUAAUUCCGGAGUUAGACCAGUAAUUCUGAUAGGCUAUGGCACUUUACCCUAUUUCUAUGGAAAUGUUGGAGAUAUUGUUGUGAGUCCUCUGCUGGUGAACUGCUACAAGAUUCCACAGUUGGAAAACAAAGAUUUGGAACAAUUAGGGUUGACAGGUAGCCAGCUCCUGAGCGUGGAAAAUAUGAUUCUCCUGACCAUACAGUACCUUGUGCGGCUGGGUCCUGAUCAGAUACCUCUCAGGGAAGAAUUUGAGCAAAUCAUGCUGAAAGCGAUGCAGGAAUUUACUCUGAGAGAGAGAGCCCUGCAGAUGGGUGCGCAGUGUGCACCUGUGUCCCCAGGACAACUCCCCUGGCUCGCAAGAUUAAUUGCCAGUGUGUCUCAAGACUUGGUUCACGUGAUUGUGACUCAAAACUCUUUGGCGGAGGGCAUUUCAGAAACAUUGAGGACUCUCAGUGAAAUUAGACACUAUCAGAGGCUACCAGAUUAUGUUGUGGCAAUUUGUGCAUCAAAAAUCAGAGGGAAUGAAUUUUGUGUGGUAGUAUUAGGUCAGCAUCAGUCCAGAGCGCUGGCAGAGAGCAUGCUUACCACAAGUGAGUUUUUGAAAGAAAUUAGUUAUGAGCUCAUCACAGGAAAGGUCAGUUUCCUGGCAUCGCAUUUUAAAACCACAUCAUUAGGCGACGAUCUAGACAAGCUGCUUGAGAAAAUGCAGCAAAGAAGAGGAGACAGCGUGGUGACCCCCUUCAAUGGAGACCUGAAUGAAUGUGUGUCACCACAGGAGGCCGCUGCUAUGGUUCCCAUGCAAAACCUGGAUUUAGAUAAUGAAACCUUCCAAAUUUAUCAACCACAGCUAACAGUUGCCAGAAAACUCUUAUCCCAGGUGUGUGCUAUAGCAGACAGCGGUAGUCAGAGCCUGGACCUCGGCCAUUUCAGCAAAGUGGACUUCAUCAUCAUUGUCCCAAGAUCAGAGGUUCUGGUCCAGCAAACUCUUCAACGAAUUCGACAAUCAGGUGUCCUUGUAGACUUGGGUCUGGAGGAAAAUGGAACAGCUUAUCAGAGAGCAGAGAAAUACGUUGUUCGUCUAGACAAUGAAAUUCAAACCAAGUUUGAAGUUUUUAUGCGAAGAGUGAAACAAAAUCCAUACACGCUGUUCGUGCUGGUACAUGACAACUCCCACGUGGAACUAACGAGUGUCAUUUCAGGCUCUUUGUCACAUGGAGAACCCAGUCAUGGGUUGGCUGAUAGAGUGAUCAAUUGCAGAGAAGUUCUGGAAGCUUUCAACCUCCUGGUGCUCCAGGUCAGCUCCUUCCCCUACACUCUGCAGACCCAACAGUCCCGAAUCAGCUCCAGCAAUGAGGUCCACUGGAUCCAGCUGGACAGCAUGGAGGACAUGAGCUGCGAGGGGAAGCUGUACUUCGGCUUGAAUGAAUACAGCAAGUCACUGCAGUGGGGCAUCACCAGCCCGCUUCUGAGAUGCGAUGAGACGUUUGAGAAAAUGGUGACCACACUCCUGGAGAGGUACCCCAGGCUGCACAGCAUGGUCGUGCGCUGCUACCUUCUCAUCCAGCAGUACUCAGAGGCGCUCAUGGCUCUCACCACCAUGGCAUCGCUCCGAGACCACAGCACACCGGAAACCCUCAGCAUUAUGGACGACCUCAUCAGCUGCCCUGGAAAAAACAAAAGCGGGAGGGGACACAUGCUCAUUAUCAGGGUCCCGUCCGUGCAACUGGCGAUGCUCGCCAAGGAGCGGCUGCAGGAGGUCCGCGACAAGCUGGGGCUGCAGUACCGCUUCGAGAUCAUCCUUGGGAACCCUGCGUCUGAACUCAGCGUCGCGACUCACUUUGUGGCGAGACUAAAGACCUGGAGAGGAAAUGAGCCGGAGGAGUGGAUCCCUCGGACAUACCAGGACUUAGAAGGGCUGCCUUGUAUAGUGAUUUUAACUGGCAAAGAUCCUCUUGGAGAAACAUUUCCCAGAUCUCUGAAGUACUGUGACCUCCGGUUAAUCGACUCAAGCUAUUUAACCCGCACGGCCUUAGAACAGGAGGUGGGUCUGGCUUGCUGCUAUGUCUCGAAAGAGGUCAUCCGAGGGCCCACGGUUGCCCUGGACCUUAGUGGGAAGGAACAGGAACGAGCCCCCAUAAGCGAGAAUGAUCCCGAUGAGCUGCUGAUCGAUCUGGAGAGGCCCCAGAGCAACAGCAGCGCUGUCACUGGAACCUCAGGCUCCGUCAUGGAGAACGGGGUGAGCUCCUCCAGCAUGGCCGAGAAGUCCCAGAAGCAGCCCCCGACCCCCAGCUUCCAGAGCCCCGCCACCAGCGUGGGGCUGGACGAAGGGGUCUCGGCGGGCCUCGGGGGCGCGGGGGAGGCCCUGAAGCAGGAGUGCGACUCCCUGGGCGCGCCGCAGGCCAGCAGCACCUCGUCCCGGCCGCCGUCGUCGCCGUGCGCGGGGGGCCCGCGGGCGCUGGCCUGGCCGGGGAGGCCGGCGGGCGGCGGUGGGGGCCUGGCGGGCGCGCUGCCCCCCGUGGUCAUCCUGUCCAAGGCCGCCUACGGGCUGCUGGGCGCCCCGCGCGGGGGCCAGCUGCCCGCAGCCUCGGCCCUGCUGCCGCACGCCGACGUGGCCUGGGUGAGCGCGCUGCGGCCGCUGCUGCCCCGGGAGCCGAGCGGCGAGGAGCAGUCGCUGUACUACCGCCGGUGGACGGCCGCGCGGCCGCACCACGCCGACCACGCCAACCAGGCCGACCCCGCGACGGGCGCCCGCGCCUGCCACCCGCGCCGCCUGCUGCUCACCGGGCCGCCGCAGGUGGGCAAGACCGGCUCCUACCUGCAGUUCCUCAGGAUCCUCUUCCGGAUGCUCAUCAGGCUGCUGGAGGUGGAUGUGUAUGACGAGGGCGAGAUCAACACGGAUCCCAGCGACAGCAGUGAUGUGAGCCCAUCGGAGAGAGAGCCCUGGCCUGACAUCGAGAGCUUCAGUAAAAUGCCCUUUGACGCCAGUGUGCAUGACCCCAAGUACAGUCUGAUGAGCCUGGUGUACACAGAGAAGCUGGCAGGGGUCAAGCAAGAAGCCACAAAGGAAUCCAAAAUCGAGGAGCCGCGGAAACGAGAGACUGUGUCCAUGAUGCUGACCAAAUACGCGGCAUACAACACCUUCCAUCACUGUGAGCAGUGCCACCAGUACAUGGACUUCACCGCCGCCUCCCAGAUGUCUGAUUCAACCCUCCAUGCAUUCACGUUCUCGUCCUCUAUGCUGGGAGAAGAGGUGCAGCUCUAUUUCAUCAUUCCCAAAUCCAAAGAGAGUCAUUUUGUCUUCAGCAAGCAGGGAAAGCACCUGGAGAGCAUGCGGCUGCCCCUGGUUUCUGACAAGAAUCUGAAUGCAGUCAAGAGCCCUAUUUUCACUCCUUCCAGUGGCCGACAUGAGCACGGACUCCUCAACCUGUUUCAUGCCAUGGAGGGCAUCAACCACCUUCACCUGCUGGUGGUCAAAGAAUAUGAGAUGCCACUGUACCGCAAGUACUGGCCCAACCACAUCAUGCUGGUGCUCCCGGGCAUGUUCAAUAAUGCAGGCGUGGGGGCUGCCAGGUUUCUCAUUAAGGAGCUGUCCUAUCACAACCUGGAACUGGAGAGGAACCGCCUGGAAGAACUGGGAGUCAAACGCCAGUGUGUGUGGCCCUUCAUAGUUGUGAUGGAUGACUCGUGUGUCUUGUGGAACAUCCACAGUCUUCAGGAGCAGACUGGCCAGCCCACGGAAGCAGGAAUUUCCAGCAAGAAUGUAUCGUUGAAGAGUGUCUUGCAGCAUAUUGAAGCCACACCCAAAAUUGUUCACUAUGCAAUCCUGGGCAUACAGAAGUGGAGCAGCAAGCUGACUUCUCAGAGCCUCAAGGUGCCCUUCUCCAGGUGCCACGUGCAUGACUUCAUUCUCCUCAACAUAGACUUGACGCAGAAUGUGCAGUAUGACUUUAACAGGUAUUUCUGUGAAGAUGUCGACUUUAACCUAAGAACAAAUAGUAGUGACCUACUCAUCUGCCGUUUCAAUCACUUCAGUCUCAUGAAGAAACAUGUGCAAGUUGGAGGGCAAAGAGACUUUAUCAUUAAACCAAAGAUCAUGGUGUCAGAGAUUUUAACACCCAUCUUGCCCCUUCAGUAUGUCUGUGCCCCAGACAGUGAGCACACACUACUGGCUGCCCCUGCACAGUUUCUCCUGGAGAAGUUCCUUCAGCACGCCUCAUACAAACUCUUCCCCAAAGCCAUCCACAACUUCAAGAGUCCUGUGUUGGCCAUUGACUGCUACCUUAACAUUGGACCAGAGGUGGCCAUAUGCUACGUUAGCUCCAGACCCCACUCCAGCAAUGUCAACUGUGAAGGGGUGUUUUUCAGUGGACUCCUCUUGUACCUCUGUGACUCUUUUGUAGGUGCUGAUCUCCUUAAGAAAUUUAGGUUUCUUAAAGGUGCUACCCUGUGUGUUAUCUGCCAAGACAGAAGUUCCUUACGCCAAACAAUUGUCCGCUUAGAACUAGAGGAUGAGUGGCAGUUCCGUCUCCGGGAUGAGUUUCAAACUGCUAAUAGCAGUGAUGACAAGCCCCUCUACUUUCUCACUGGACGUCACGUAUGAGUUUUUUUGAAGAGACCAAACAUACUAAAAGGAUGCCUAGGUGGGGUGGGCCAAAAAAUUAUUUAGGAUUUUUUUUCCUUUAAAGUACAAUCACUGUGGAGCAAAGUGCAACAUAUUUGUCUAUUCUCCAAAGGAACCCCCAGGCCCCCAUAUGACCCAGGUCUUUGGGGGCAUCACUAUCCUUCAGUUAAUUCCACCCUAGGCAGUUAUGCAAUUACUUAAGACAUAGUCUGCCCACGGGAGCCUAAGGAAGAGGAUGUACUUUGGAGAAUGAACACGGAGUUUGCAUUGUUCUUUUCUUCUAUUCUAUGUUAGGGGAAAACUGACUCUUAGCAUUAACUAGUCUGAAUGUGUUAUAUGAGACUCACAUUGGUGUGUAAUUAAUUGAAGGUUAACAUCUGAGGCCUGAACCCUCAGUGUUUUUCUUCAGAUCUGUACUUUGGUACAGUAUUACUCAGGGGUCUGAAAAUGAUAGAAUGUAGAAGUUAUUUGUAUUUUAAAAAGUAGUAGCUUUGUCUUUCUCUGUGCAGUGUUAGUUUAAGAUUUAUAAUCUUAUAUGUAUUGAAACUUUUGGCAAAAUUUCCACAGGAGUUAAAAGUUUACUAUUUAAACUGAACAACAAAAAUCAGUAAAUGCAGAGCUGGCAUUAUGUAUAUUUAUGCAGUUUCUUGCUUAAGUUUCAUUGCUUUUACCUGUCUUUAAAAAUAAAAAGCACACUAAAAAUGUGGGAUAGUGAUGAAUCUUGUACAAGGAAAACCUGAUUCAGUAGUUCAGCCCAUUAAACAACUUUUUAAGAGUUACCCAACACACACCCUCUUUGAUUGGAGAGAAGCAGUUGGUACCAGCAAAGCAAAUAUUAGGCUAAGGUUUGCAGAAUUUAGUUUUCUUCAGGGAUUCAAUAAGCUUCCUUUAAAAGAUAUGAGGGGCUGGAGUAAUAGUACAGUGGGCUGGGCACUUGCCUUGCAUGCAACCAGCCAGGGUUCAAUUCACAGCACCCACUAUGGUUCCCUGAGCACUGUCAGGUGUGACCCAAAAACAAGAACAACAAAAAAGAUCUAAUGAAUGACAAUUAGCUGCCUUAUACUCACAAUGCAGAAAUUGAGCCAUAAAAAAAGAACUGGUUUUUACUUAACGGCAUCUUCUGAGGAAGAAGGAAGAUUCCACUAAGUCUUUUUGAUUCAUUAAAAUGGGCAGGGUGUAGUUUCUUUAGCAUUAAUUGUAGGAGACAAGUUUGUAAAGAUUUCUAGAAAAAAUUAUGUCCAUUGGGAGUUUACUCUUAAAUUAUUUCAUUUUUCACCAACCCAUUAUACCACUUUAUUCUCACCUAAAUAUUGCCAUUUUUACUUGAAUCUAUCUUGUGGUCUGGAACUACUGAAAGAGGCCUAUUAAAGCCUGCAUUUACUUAGAAGUAGUGUUAAACUGACAGCUUUAUUAGCUUGUUAUAACGAGUUUACAGCUAGUGAAAAGAUGGAAUGUACUAAUCUGAAAAUGGUUUGCAGAACUCUUGGUUUUAAUAUAGUUACUUAUAAUAUUUUAAAUGUAUUUUGAAACAAGUAAUUCUUUUAAACCCCACUUUUAAUUGUCCUUUGAAGAGGAUCUCUGCCUUAUAUGUAAUUAAGUACAGAAGAAUUUUUGGCAAAGAGGUACGUUUUUGAAGCAGGUUGAUAUAGAUAUGAAUGUAUUUCAACUGCUCCUGUUUUGUGGAAAGGGCCUAAUGCAGAUGUUAUCAGAAACCCACUGUUUGUGCAAUAUUCCAAUAAUAAUUCUACAUAGGGCAAAUAAAAUACUUGAAAUGAUUCUAAAACAGGUGUACCUGGGCAGAUGGCCUCUCAGGGUUUCUUCUGGCUUUAUGGCAGCAUAGUCUAAAGAAUAUUUAAGGUAGUUAAUAUGCAGGUAUUCCAUACUAGUCAGGACUGCACUCUGGGGGAAAAAUCUUAAAGGAUAAUAAUCUCUUAAAUACUACUCUGUGGAGAGCCAGAAUAAAGCCAAAAGACCAUCACCCUAAUGAUGGAAAAUUCAAAUUGAACUCCUGUUCUCAAUGCCUAUCUUAAGUUUUAGAUCUUUAGAGAAUGUUAGAUCCUAUUCCUUUAAGGAUGAAAAUUGCACAAGCACAGGACACCAUGAUUUGUUAAUACAUAUGUUGGUGUGUUCAGCUUCAAGCCUUGCCAUCCCUUAGAACAUUGUGGUAUGAAUGUGUUCCCUAGGCCUACGUUAUAACUGACCUAUACACCUGUUGAAUCUUGCCAGGUAUGACAAUUCACACAGGUUAAUACUGAAUGUAAACUAAAAUUAGACUGAGAAUUGUAAUUUUUUUUUUGCUGUAAUUUAUGCAAUUGCUUUUGUGAUUUUUAGAGAUGGGGCAUCUAUGUUACUUUAUUACUGUAAAUUUUCUUACCCGAAAUUUGGUGAACUUCACUAGUCAGUCUACCUCACAUUUGUUUAUGAUUCUAUGUUGUCUUCAAUUGUGUCAACACUAUGAUCUUGUCCUUCCUUUCAUUUGACAAGUAUAUUAAAACUCUCCCACCCAAAAAAAAGAAAGGUGGUUUUCUUUAAUUUUCUGAUAUGUUCAAAAAUAGAAUGAGCUUACUGGCAGUAUCUGUGAAAGUAUCACUGGAUGAAAAUCAAUGGCUUUACAAAGAUACAUACCAUGCCUAUUUAGAGUUCCAUAUGAUAUUACAGAAAUGACUUUUCAAGACAUGUUAGACAUAUUUGUAGUACAUCCUCAACUCUUCUGCAU